GUCAAAUGCGGUGGUGUCGACCUCGCUGAGCCCUGCGCCUGCUCCGAGCAGCUGCUGUCACUUCUCGGCGGCCGCAUCAGCUGCCGCUUGCGCUCGUCUCUUCUGGCACUCUCCCGUGAUCGAGUCGCAGCACCGUGUCUCAUGGUAGACGACGGCCGGAGCCGAGCUCUGACGAUCGUGGAGCCGUGUCGUCGACCCAGCGCGGCGUAGGGGGGUCGCGUGAGCUGAAGGGGCCCCAUCGCGAGGUGGUCAGCUGCUGGUGCGGGAGAGAGAGAGAGGCCAUUUCACGCAGUUUGUGUGAGCGGGACCUGGCCCUGUGGCGGAGGAGAGAUCAGCUCGGAAUCGGUGGAGGUUUGAGCGUCUGCAGCCCAACGUUCGUUCCAAAUGGUCGUUGUAAAGUUCGAGCUAUGAAGAUCAUGGAGCGAGGUCGGCGUCAUUGGGCUCCUACCGUUCUCGUGGCAUUGGCAGUUUGCGUAGCUCAUAUUUUCGGCGUGGCUGCCCAGACCGAUCCGGCGGAUCAACAAAUUCUCGAAUCUCUUCUCCAGGGCCUCACCAGUGCUAGCCAGGCGACGUUAGGAUGGAGCGGCGGUGACGCUUGCGGAGGUAAAUGGGCUCACAUUCAAUGCCUCGGCACCAAAGUGUCUGCCAUCCAGAUCGGAAAGUUGGGUCUCGAGGGGACUAUCCCAUCGACCAUCAAUCAGCUGCAGCAGUUGACACGGUUGGAGCUGCAGGAUAACUCGUUCACGGGUAGCUUGCCAUCACUCAGUGGUCUCGCCAAGCUCGAUGUGGGGUACUUCCAGAACAACAAGUUCGAUGUCAUUCCGGGCGACUUCUUCGACGGCCUGACGAGCUUGACUGGAUUAUAUCUGGACCGCAAUGCAGACCUUAAUGGGACUUCCGGGUGGACGAUUCCUCCCAGCGUUGAGCAAUGUACCGCCUUAGUGAACCUCUCUAUGACCGGGUGCAAUGUCGCUGGAACGAUACCGGACUUUCUUGGUACCAUGACGAAAUUGCGAGUGCUCAAUCUAGCGUACAACAAGAUGUCGGGUGGUAUCCCGGCUACGUUUUCUGGUUCUAACCUCGUACAGCUUCAGGUGAACAACCAACAGGCUCCCGUGUUCGAUGGCUCGAUUGAAGCCGUGGGUGGUAUGAAGUUCCUGAAAGUUCUCUGGCUGCAUGUCAAUGCCUUCACGGGGCCGAUUCCAGCGGGCUUAGGUGAUGCCACCAGUCUCGAGGAUUUGAGAUUGAACGACAACAAGCUGGUUGGCACCAUACCUCAGUCGUUCGCGAGGUUGGCUCUCCAGAGCUUCUCCGUCAGGAACAACAUGCUCAUCGGUCCUAUUCCCAGUUUUCAGACCAACUUCGGCCCGGAAAUGUUUGCGAACAAUGGAUUCUGCUCGGAGACGGUCGGGGACCAGUGUUCAACCGAAGUGACUGCAUUGAUGGGCUUCUUGGGAGCCGUCAAGUUCAGCCCCUCGAGUCUCGUGGAGACGUGGUCAGGAAACGAUCCCUGCGGGUGGACAGGAAUCGCUUGCAAUCCGAGCACGAAGUCUGUCACCAGCAUUAAUCUUCCCAACAAUGAGCUGACGGGCGAGAUAUCUCCGACUAUUGCGAGUCUCUCAUCUCUGACCACUAUUAGUUUGAGUGGAAAUCAGUUGAGCGGAACCAUCCCGACGGAGCUCACGAACCUGAAGAACUUGAAAACUUUGGACCUCAGUGACAACAAUCUGUCUCCUCCGCUUCCGGAAUUUGCUGAUGGAGUUCUGGUUGUCACUGGCAACCCGCUUCUCGUUCCUGGGACUCCUGUGGCGCCUCCUACCGCCACCACUCCUCCAGCGACGCCGGGUACUCCUCCCGCCUCCGCCGGCACACCUCCUGCCGCCCCGGCUCCUCCUGGUUCUCCUCCCGCGACAGAAACUCCAGCGGGCGUGCCCCCGACCGCCCCAGGCCCUGCCGUCGAAGGUAGCAGCAAGUCAUCGUCGAACACGGGCAUCAUCGUGGGAGUUGUCGCCGGUUCGUUUGUGCUCAUCUUAUUUGCUACAUUCGGGUUCUGUUGUGUCUACAAGAGGAAGAGGAAAAGACUCCUCACCCUCCAAGGACCUAACACUGUCAUGGUCCACCCUCGGGAUUCUGCAUCUGAUCCUGAAGUCGUGAAGAUCGUCGUGAACAGCAAUGCGAACACGCAGAACACCGAUACUCACGUCAGUCGAGCCAGUAGCGGGCCGAGCGACAUCCAAGUUGUGGAGGCAGGUAAUUUGGUAAUAUCGAUUCAGGUGCUGAGGAGCGUCACGAAGAACUUUGCAGAGGAGAACGUUCUGGGUCGUGGAGGUUUUGGUGUUGUUUACAAAGGAGAGCUCGAGGAUGGGACGAAGAUUGCGGUGAAGAGGAUGGAAGCAGCCGUCGUCAGUAGCAAAGGUCUGAGCGAGUUCCAGGCUGAAAUUGCAGUGUUGACGAAGGUCCGCCACAGGCAUUUAGUGGCCCUUCUAGGCUAUUGCGCCGAAGGAAACGAGAGGUUGUUGGUUUACGAGUACAUGCCUCAGGGUACCUUGAGCCAGCACUUGUUUGAGCACGCUAGACACGAGAGCAAACCUUUGGACUGGAACAGGAGGCUCUCAAUUGCUUUGGAUGUGGCCCGCGGGAUGGAGUAUCUGCACAGUCUAGCCCACAAAAGUUUCAUCCACCGCGAUCUCAAGCCUUCGAACAUCCUUUUAGGAGACGAUUUUCGAGCUAAGGUGUCUGAUUUCGGUCUGGUUAAGCUUGCUCCCGAGGGAAAAUUCUCAGUGGAAACUAGGUUGGCUGGUACAUUUGGUUAUCUUGCUCCGGAAUACGCUGUGACCGGUCGUGUGACGACAAAGGCGGACGUUUUUAGCUUUGGAGUAGUGUUGAUGGAGCUGAUCACAGGUCGACGGGCUCUCGACGAAACCCAAGCAGAGGAGAAUAUGCAUCUCGUAACAUGGUUUAGGCGAAUGAACGCCAGCAAGGACUCAUUUACGAAGGCAAUAGAUUCUUCUAUCGAAGUUACUGAAGACUCGUUCAGAAGCAUAUUGAUUGUAGCGGAGCUAGCGGGCCACUGUACAGCGCGAGAACCUUACCAGCGACCAGACAUGGGCCAUGCAGUGAAUGUACUCGCCCCGUUGGUCGAACAGUGGAAGCCCACAGAUCUGGAUGAGGAUGAAGGAGGUAUUGAUCUUGAGAUGACGCUACCUCAAGCCUUAAAGCAGUGGCAGAUGUAUGAGGAUUCGUCGAUGAGUGGGUUGGAUGAUACGAAGGCAAGUCUCCCUACUCGGCCUACAGGCUUCGCGGAGUCUUUCACAUCGGCUGACGGUCGUUAACCAUAAUCCCGAACGCUGCUCAUCGUGGCAAAGACUUACCUUCGUUCUGAAUUUCACCCUUUGGAAACCACAGCUGUCUUUCCCUAGGUUUGCUGGAACCCAUUGCUCUCUGGUCUUCUGUUUGGAGUGAGGACUAAUAGGGAUUGGUGACUUGGGACCAAGCAAUGGUUAAAUCUACUCCCACCUUUUCUCACUGUACGAGUCUCUUUUUUCCAAUUUUGACAUUUUCCUGAUAGAGACUUAGACCAAGGGAAGGGAGUUCGCGCCUGUGGUGUAUCACACUUCAGACUUUCGCCAUCAUGACGAUAGCGUUAUUGCAAGUGACGUGAUUUGUAACCUCUGCAUCGGUCAGAGGGACUCACACCCAUUAUGAUACGUUGAUUGCAUCUCUGUAAAUGCAGGGUUGCAUAUUCCAAUUGUUUCUAUAGUUGAAGGACUAUCCCGAAACACCUUUUGAUUGUUUUGGAGCCUUAGCGCUUGUUAUAGCCACGGCAAGGUUUUUGUGGUAUUUCUCAAAAGGUCUACAAUUAGCAUGAGAGACUGCCCUCUAAAAUACUGUCAUCGUAGAUGAGUCUCCAGUCGUGGCUUCUGGCGAGGAUCUUGUUAGCGAAUGAGGUACAAAGGGCAAAUGGCUGUGUGAUACAGUUUGCCACGUUUUGUAUAGUGGAUUGAGGUCCAGAUUGACUUCUGUUUCUCAGUAGGUGAGACGCUCUGAUGGCGACAAGCUACACUGUAAUAAUGCCUAAUUAUUGUUCGAGGGUCGUUCUUUCAACAGAACUCGCAUAUCAGACACUGUGCA